GGCAAGUCCGACACCAAAGCUGACCUCUGUCGUCGGGGACGGUGGCCCAGAGUCCCCAUGGUUGUCCGCGAGUUGUCCUGUGGUUGUCCCGUGGUUGUCCCGCGCGGUAGCUCGUAGUUGUUGUGUGUCUGUCUUUCAGGGGCAUGAGGACCCGCCGCGUUGCACCCAGGAGCUUUCCAGCGGCUCCCCAACUGCUCCCACACGCCUCUUCGUGCCCGUUUUGGCUCGCGCUAGCUUGCCUCCGGUUGGCUUUCACAGAGUUUUGAACCUCAUCCGCACACUCCGUACACUCACACCUACCGCAGCCAAAUUGUUCCAUUCGUCUCACAGAUGGCGCAUGCCAUUUUGAUCGCCAGCUUGGUCGGGGCCAGCGGCGUGGCCAGCCUGGCCUCUGCAGUUGACCUCGGGCUGAUGCAGAUGUCGACUGCUGCUGAUCCGAAGUCGUGGAUUUGCAUGCUGAACAGCGAUGCUACGGCUGAUGAGGUGAAAACAUUGUGCAAUGAGUUCCAGAACCCGUUCUGUACUGGAACUGAAGAAUGCCCGCCAGGAGCAAAAUGUCCAGAGAAGUUCGUGCAUGGCUUCUUGACAGAGGCAGAUAAGGACGCGAUCAUGGCCAAGUACCCCGCGCUCGUGGUCAUAUGCGAAGAGGACCCGUGCUGGAAGAAUACCACCUCAUUGGGGGAACAACGAGAUAUUGAUACUGCAAUCCCCUAACCUUUCUCCCAUUAUGUGCUAUGACCAGGGUUCCGAGGCGAAUCCAGCCGUGGCGACGAGGGCUUCCAAGGAUGCCCAAAGAGGUGUGAAUGAGGGGUGAGUGUAGAUAUCGGUAUCUAUUUCUCUCUGAGCCAUGUUUCCAGUUGAAGGUGCAAACUGUCUCCUGCGAUCGCCGACUGGUCUCGACGAGCCCCC